AUGCUAUUCGAACCUGCUCCAGCACAGUACUACCCUACAUCUCACCCUACUAUAACGAGUCAUCUAACCAUACACUUGGCUGGCACGGGUGACCACGGCUUUAUGAGGCGCCAUCUCAUUGCCUUGCCGCUGGUUGCCGACGGGGUCGCGUCUGUGAUACUCGAAUCCCCUUACUACGGCAGGCGCAAGCCGAUACGACAGGUACGCUCCAAGCUGCUGCACGUGUGUGAUCUGCUUGUGCUGGGGUUCACCACCAUUGCCGAGAGUCUCCAUCUCUUGAGGUGGGCGAAGCACAACGGCUACCACCGGUCGUGUGUCAGUGGCUUCUCCAUGGGAGGAGUGCAUGCUGCAAUGGUAGCCUGCUUAUCACCUGAGCCGGUGGCGUGCUCGCCUCAUCUGGCACCACACAGUGCGUCAGAGCCCUUCUGCAACGGACCGCUGUGGCAGGGCACGCGACUGUACCGCACACCGAGGGACUUCAUCAGACCCGUGAGCUUCCAAUCCGAGCAUGGCCGUUUAGACGAUGUGAAUGUGCCCUACGAGAAUGAACUUGAGGCCACCAGGUUGCGCCUGGAGCGAGCCUUCAGCAUAACCGACGUCACCAAGUUUCCAAAACCGCUGAGGCCCGACGCGGCCGUCUUUGUUGUGGGACGAUACGAUCGCUAUGUUUCGCUCGAUUCAGCGAGCCGAUUACAGUCGCAUUUUGACGGGUCUCAGAUACACAUUGUGGACGGUGGUCACGUGUCCUCGUUCCUGAUGUACCAGGACUGGUUCCGGAGCGCCGUUUUAGCCUCACUGUCUAAGCUGUAAUAGACUAUAAAUAUAUGAGGGAUUCAUUUAUACAUAUAUAUACUCCCUCACCGUACUAGCCCCGCACCAGGCGUGCAGGCAAAAAUUAGUAAUAGAUAUCAACUCGGCUGCAAACAGAGCUGAGAUUAGAUACUUUUAUACCGAAUCAGAAUAAAUCCGUAAUCGUGGAUCGCAUCUGUUCUACCAGAGACCACUCAAUUCUACGCCGAGAUCAGCCUCCUUUCCUGUUGUCAGGUUGUGUGUACUUGCC